GUGGCAAAGCCAAGGACGGAGGCAGCGAAAGAGUCAAUGGCUUUCAUUUCUGUCACUGACACAUCUACCGGGAUCUGCCCGACCCCGCCCGCCCUUCUCGCGAUAACACCCGGGCGGACCCAUCAUGGCGGAAGAGGAAGUGGGCAAAUUGCAGAAGCACUUGGCGCUUCUACGCCAGGAGUAUGUCAAAAUGCAGCAGAAGUUGGCAGAGACAGAGAAGAGAUGCACCCUACUAGCCGCCCAAGGCAACAAAGAGGCCACCAACGAUUCCUUCAUCAGCCGUCUCCUGGCAAUUGUUGCUCAGCUCUACCAGCAGGAACAGUACAGUGACCUGAAGAUAAAGGUUGGAGAUCAGAAUAUCAGCGCUCACAAGUUUGUGUUGGCUGCGAGAAGUGAUGCUUGGAGUCUGGCCAGUUUGGCUGCAAUGAAGGAACUAGACCUGUCAGAUUCUAACCCAGAGGUCACCAUGACAAUGUUGCGCUGGAUCUACACCGAUGAGCUGGACUUGCGGGAAGAUGACGUCUUCUUAACAGAAUUGAUGAAGCUUGCAAAUCGGUUUCAGCUUCAACUUCUGAGAGAGAGGUGUGAGAAGGGCGUCAUGUCAUUGGUAAAUGUGAGGAAUUGUAUCCGUUUUUACCAGACUGCAGAAGAACUCAGUGCCACCACCUUGUUAAACUAUUGUGCUGAGAUCAUUGCAAGUCACUGGGAUGAUCUAAGAAAGGAAGACUUCAGCUCAAUGAGUGCACAGCUUUUGUACAAAAUGAUUAAAUCAAAGACUCAAUUUCCUUUGCACAAAGCAAUUAAAUUGGAAAGAGAAGAUGUCGUUUUUUUGUAUCUGAUAGAGAUGGAUUCCCAGCUGCCUGCAAAGUUAAAUGAGCUGGACCAAAAUGGAGAUCUGGCCCUGGACCUCGCUCUCUCCCGAAAGCUAGAGAGCAUUGCCACUACUCUAGUGAACAACAGGGCAGAUGUUGACAUGGUAGAUAAGAGAGGUUGGAGCCUGCUGCACAAAGCAAUCCAGAGGGAUGAUAAAUUUGCUGCCAAUUUCCUAAUAAAAAAUGGUGCUCUUGUAAAUGCGGCUACAAUUGCGGAACAAGAGACUCCUCUACACCUGGUUGCUGCUUGCACAAUGAGGGAUCGCUCCCUGGAAGUGAUGUCUGAUAUAGCACAAAUCGCUGAGGCACUUUUACACGCAGGAGCUAACCCCAACAUGCAGGACGGUAAAGGAAGGACCCCUCUACAUACCGCUAUUUUUUCUAGAAAUGAGUAUGUCUUUAACCAGCUGCUACAGUGCAAACAAUUAGAUUUAGAACUAAAGGAUCACGAGGGAAGCACAGCUCUGUGGCUUGCUGUUCAGUACAUCACUGUGUCCUCUGACCCAUCUGUAAACCCCUUUGAUGACAUCCCUGUAGUGAACGGAACCUCAUUUGAUGAGAAUAGCUUUGCAGCAAGACUUAUCAAGCGAGGCAGCAACACCGAUGCCCCUGACACAGUCACAGGUAACUGCUUGUUACAAAGAGCUGCAGGCGCAGGGAAUGAGGCAGCUUCUCUGUUCCUGGCAACCCACGGAGCAAAAGUCAAUCUUAAAAAUAAAUGGGGAGAGACGCCAUUACACACAGCAUGCCGACACGGACUUCCCAACCUUACAGCAGAACUUUUGCAGCAAGGGGCUAACCCAAACAUUCAGACACAGGAGGUCCUUCCUACACCUAAAGGUUCUUCAGAAACCAGCCCAUUAUCCAGCACAAAUUUACAAACACCACUGCACAUGGCAAUAGCUUACAACCACCCUGAUGUUGUGACUGUCAUAUUGGAACAGAAAGCUAAUGCUCUACAUGCAACAAAUAACCUCCAAAUCAUUCCCGACUUCAGCUUGAAAGACUCAAGAGAACAAACUGUGUUAGCGCUAGCUCUGUGGACAGGCAUGCACACCAUUGCUGCACAACUUCUUGGGUCAGGAGCAUCCAUCAAUGACACUAUGUCAGAUGGGCAGACCCUGCUGCAUAUGGCAAUCCGAAGACAAGACAGUAAGAGUGCCCUCUUCCUGCUGGAACACCAAGCCGACAUAAAUAUCAGGACCCAAGAUGGGGAGACUGCCCUGCAGUUAGCCAUUAAAAACCAGCUUCCCCUAGUGGUGGAUGCUAUUUGCACACGUGGGGCAGAUAUGUCUGUUACUGAUGAACAGGGAAAUCCCCCCCUUUGGCUUGCACUGGAGAAUGAACUGGAGGAUAUUGCAUCAACACUGGUAAGACACGGAUGUGAUGCAACAUUUUGGGGGCCUGGUCCAAGCGGAUGCCUACAGACUCUCCUUCACCGUGCAAUUGAUGAGAACAAAGAGAUGGUGGCCUGUUUCCUUAUUCGCAGUGGCUGUGAUGUAAAUAGCCCUAGAAAACCUGGACCAAAUGGGGAAGGGGAAGAGGAGGCCAGAGAUGGACAGACACCUCUGCAUUUGGCUGCAUGUUGGGGAUUGGAGGAAGUUGUUCAGUGCCUUCUGGAGUUUGGUGCCAAUGUAAAUACACAGGAUGCAGAGGGAAGAACUCCAAUCCACAUUGCGAUCAGCAACCAGCACCGUGUAAUUAUCCAGUUAAUGAUUUCACACCCUGAUAUCAGGCUGAAUGUGAGGGACAGACAGGGUAUGACGCCUUUUGCAUGUGCCAUGACUUUUAAAAAUAACAAAGCUGCAGAGGCGAUAUUAAAACGGGAGCCUGGAGCAGCUGAACAGGUGGAUAACAAAGGAAGGAAUUUCCUGCAUGUUGCAGUGCAGAACUCUGACAUUGAGAGUGUGCUGUUUCUGAUCAGUGUGCAGGCCAAUGUCAACUCAAGAGUGCAAGAUGCCUCCAAGUUAACCCCACUGCAUCUGGCUGUACAAGCAGGAUCGGAAAUUAUUGUCCGUAACUUGCUCCUGGCUGGUGCCAGCGUGAAUGAAUUGACCAAGCAUCGGCAAACCGCCCUUCACCUAGCAGCACAACAAGACCUACCCACUAUCUGUUCUGUACUUCUAGAGAAUUUGGUCGAUUUUGGAGCCGCAGAUGAAAAUGGCAAUAAUGCUCUUCAUCUUGCAGUAAUGCACGGUCGUUUAAACAAUAUCCGUUGCCUAUUAACAGAAUGUAAUAUUGAUGCAGAGGCGCUUAACUUAAGAGGGCAAUCACCAAUGCAUAUUUUAGGCCAUUAUGGGAAAGAAAAUGCAGCAGCCAUCUUUGAGCUCUUCCUGGAAUGUAUGCCAGAAUACCCUCUUGACAAACCAGAUUCAGAAGAAAACACAGUACUUCUCUUGGCCUAUAUGAAAGGGAACGCUAACCUGUGCAGAGCCAUUGUGAAAGCCGGUGCCAGACUUGGAGUAAACAACAACCAAGGGAUCAACAUAUUUAACUAUCAAGUUGCUACAAAGCAACUCCUCUUUAGACUUCUAGAUAUGUUAUCGCAGGAGCCUCCAUGGUGUGAUGGUUCAAAUUGCUAUGAGUGUGCUGCUAAGUUUGGAGUUACAACACGGAAACAUCACUGUCGACAUUGCGGACGACUUCUGUGUCAUAAGUGCUCAACCAGGGAGAUUCCCAUUAUAAAGUUCGACUUAAAUAAACCUGUACGAGUGUGCAACAUAUGCUUUGAUGUGUUGACGCUGGGCGGAGUCUCUUAGUACACUUAGCUGCUUAUACCCUGCUUUGUGAAGGAAGGCAGCGCUUUCUGACUGCCAAACUGAGCUACAGACUUUUGCACUUCGUCAUGGACUUAAAGGACCAUAUUACAAUAUAUUCCAGUAUAAACAAUUUGAUUGUACUUGUAUAGGCUUUGCUAGAUACUAACAGGAGUCUGUCUUUUUAAGUCAUACGUGAUAAAUGUGUACAAGUUUAGGAAAUUAAAACGUCAAUCUGACUUGAUAGUCUGGUCAGAAGAUCAAUGCGUUACAUCCACACUUGCCUAGAGAGGGAGUCUCUCUUCUUUCUCAAGAGAUUUUCAGGCUUCCGCUCAUUGACAUUGUCUUAGAAUAAUGUCCACCAACUGUAAAGUGAUGUCUUAUGUUCCCUAAAUUUGUGGGUAAAACAGAUGAGGAACUAUUUUGUAAAACAGGGUUCAGUUUUGAGGAAAGCCAAUUCAAUUGUGGCCUUAAAAUAUAAGCUGUAUAACCAACACCUAUAAUUACAUUUUUGUAGCACUUUUCCUCAUUUGGUAUGCCCAUGUCAUUAAGAGAACUCCAUAUGUAUAUUCAAUUAGGUUUCACCAACAUAACUUCCAGCUGAUAAAUGGAAAUUAUAAUUAUGCAUCAUUACCUUGAUUGGAUUACCUUCUUUGUUACACCACCUUUUGCACAUUGUUUCUCAUCUCCUAUCAAAAUAUAAAGUGUAAUAGAACUUAAAAAUUGUCUAACUGUUUAAACACUAACAUGUCAUAAGGAAAGACAUGUGGAGCCUAAUCAUUUGAUAUACAAAUUAAAUAUCCAGGCUACAUGGA